AUGCCCUCGGAGAACGGAAUCUCCCCGUUUCCAUUCGGAAACGGGGAUUCGGAAACGGGGAUUAGAAAACGGGGAUUCGGAAAGGGGAAUUCAGAAAACGGGGAUUCGGAAACGAGGGAGAUUUCUCGCUCACCGACCUUGCAGCUGGCGUUCGCCGUUCGGAGGAGCGCGGAGCUCGGGCGUCCGCCUCGGGGAGGGUCGAGGCCUGGAAUGGAGAUGGAGAUGCCAAAUUCAACUGGUCCUGAGAUGCGACAGCCCCUCCAGGGCCAGUUGUUGAAGUUCACCAAUGUUGUCAAGGGAUGGCAAUACCGCCACUUCAUUCUUGAUCCUGAAAGGGGAAUAUUGGAGUACUAUGUUGAUGCUCACGACUCUCAGAAGAAAUCACGGCCAAGAGGGUUUGUUCACCUGGCCGGUGCUGUGAUUUCUCCGAGUGAUGAAGAUUCGCAGACAUUCACCGUGAAUGCUGCAUGUGGAGAGGUUUAUAAAUUGAAGGCUCUGGAUGCAAAGGAGCGUCAGCACUGGGUCAUGCGCAUACGGGCCGUCUGUGAACGACACACUCAAGCGAUAGCACAGAGUAAUCCCCCACUUCCCCCAAGAGAGCACAGAAACCACAGCUCAGGUACCCCACCGGUUGACCCUCGGGUCAAUUAUCCAUCUCUCACUGUGAUGGAUGCUUUCAGUUCAGCAAGACAUAUUCUGAAUCAUGCAAGUGGAAAUCAUCAGGCUUUGGCAGCUGCCAUUGAGAAGCUGCCAACAUCAGGUAAUGGAUUGACCUGCACAAAUCCAGAACUGCUACUGCUGAAGGCAACCUCCCAUGCAACUCUGAACACAUUGGAGCAGUGCCUGAACAUUUUACAGCUUCAGCAGCAAGCAAUCCUGCUCGGUGCUUCAUCGUCUCAUAUGCGCUCUCAGAAGCGAAGACCAAAGCAAACAAUGCCUUCACAAGCCCCUUUGCCAGCACCACUGAGUGCUGAAGUAAUGUGGACUGGGCCCACAGUGACCACAAUACAUUCCACAACCCAACACCAUGUCAUAUCACCUCAGACCCUGAACGAACUUGUGGAACCAGUGGUGAUUGAUGCUGCUGAUGAGGAAACAGACAGUGAAGAUAAUCCCGGUGAAAUGCAAGAGAAGGAAACGACCACCACCGAGGAGUACAAGGCUCGCAUCUUGACGCUCCUGUCUCCUCUGCAGCUAGGCAUGGAUCUUACCAAAGUGUCCCUUCCCACCUUCAUCCUUGAGCCAAAGUCACUCUUGGAGACAUUUGCUGAUUUCAUGGGGCAUGGCCACCAGUUUUUCAGCCUGUCUGCAUGCUGCAGGAUUGUUGACGAGGAAAGCCCUGAGCAGCGCAUGCUGGCUGUGGUUGAGUGGUACCUAUGUACCAUUCACCUAGGACGCAGAGGAUCCUCUGCAAAGAAACCAUAUAAUCCCACCCUGGGAGAAUCCUUCUAUUGCUCUUGGAAGAUCCCGAGGGGGGCUGCCCAGAAGCCUGAUCAAAAUCAGAGUGAAUCAGCUUCAUCCCCUGAUUCCAUUUUCAUUCGUUAUACUGGGGAGCAAGUGUCCCAUCAUCCUCCAGUGUCUGCCUUCUACGUGGAGUGUCCUGAGAAAGGCAUCUGUUUCAAUGCUCACAUUUUGAGCAAGACUCGGUUUAUGGGGAUGUCCAUAGGAGUAAAUCUGGUUGGAGAAGGGAAGCUUUACCUCGUGCCUCACAACGAAUGCUAUACCUUGACUUUCCCGUCGGCUUAUGGCCGAGCCAUUCUGACUUCUCCGUGGUCUGAAUUAGGCGGAAAGGUCACCAUCUCGUGCUCCAAUUCGGGCAUUGCUGCCAGUAUUACGUUUCACACCAAGCCAUACUUUGGAGACAAGCUCCAUCGAGUGACUGGGGACAUCAAGGAUAGCUUGAGCCAAGUGAUAUGGAAGUUCCAGGGAGACUGGGUCUCAGGAUAUGAUUUCACCCAUUCUGCACAGGGGACUGGGCAUAGACUGGAUUUGAAGAAUCAGAAGAUCUUCCAAAAGCGAGUUCGUCCUGUUACAAAGCAGGAAGACAUUGAGUCCAGAAAGCUGUGGCAGAAUGUCUCAAUGGCCAUCCUUGAGGGAGAUUACAAUACUGCAACAGAACACAAAAAAUUUUUGGAAGACAGGGAACGUGCAAAAGAGGCAGAGCGACUGGGAAGCGUUCAAGAGUUUUCACCUAGGUAUUUCCAGCCACAAGGAGACAAUGUAUGGAUCUACAAGGAGCCUCUAUGUCCAAAGGGGAAGCUUAAACGCAGUGAUAGCACAUCAACAUGCAGUAGUGGCAAAGACCAGGGGAACAAAGCCAAGCAGUUGGCACGUGACUUGAAGGACCGCAUCAAGUCAGGCCUCUCAUGAGGUGCAUCUCGUCACCAUCUCUUACUCUACCUGGUGAUGGUUGAUGAUAAUCCAAGAAUGCAUUGCUUUAAUGAAUCCAGAAUUAUUUGUAUACUCUGCAUUUUUAUAGACAAGGUGGUAUUCUGGAGAUAUAUUAAAUGAAUAGAAAUCUA